GGCUAGCUGGCUAAUAAGUGAUUAGCUAAAAGCAGUUAUGAAUAUUUAACCAGUGUAUUGAACUGGAAGUACAUGUCAAUUCCCGUCAGAGGACAUCGCGACACGACAUGGAUUGUAACAAGCGCUUGCUUUUGUUCUGCGUGUUGACGGGACUCGUCAGGAGCCAACCUGACUUUGAUCCAGCUUUGCUAGACUACGAAUUCCUUGCCUCCUUGGAGCUGUGUCGGCAUUUCAGAGGAUCGUGCGAAGCGAACUGUACGCGGUACUACCAACACCGAUGGGGGGUGCCGCUCUGUCCGAACUUGGACUAUAAAUGCUGCGUUCCGCCCUUACAAGAUGCCGAUUCAAGCAAUGACACUACUACGCCAACAUCAACGACGGUAAUGACAACAACAGUUCCUACAACAACGACAACGACAGCGAAAAUGAUGUCGCUAGACACUGGGGAGUCUACUGGAGGAUUUGUGCUGAACACUGGGCAGAAUGCGGAAUGCGGUCGGACAAACCCGAUGCAUCGCCGGAAGAGAAUCGUUGGCGGAAGUGUCGCCGAGCCGGGAGCGUGGCCUUGGCUGGUGGCCUUGAGGUCUGCACUGGGAGGUCACGUGUGUGGCGGUGCUCUGAUUGGUCAACAAUGGGUUGUCACGGCUGCUCACUGCUUCAGACAAUUUUUGUCCCCAAACAUGUGGCGUGUUAGAAUUGGAGAAUAUCAUCUGUUACGCAUAGAUGAAGGCGAGGCAGAUCUUCCUAUUGCCAACAUUUUUGUGUACCCACAAUAUCAGUUUAACCCCAGCAGUAACUCCACCGACGACAACAGCACCACCCAGUACGUCCGCUACAAGCACGACAUCGCCUUGGUAAAGCUCAGCGACAUUACCGAUACCAUGCCCAUAUGUCUCGCGCAACCGGAUGUUGGGGACCCGGAUGAGAACCAUUCCGGUUCCGGUCCGAGUGCUGGUUCCGGUGCAGACCCGUACCUGACUAUGGGGAGAAUUGAGAGGAGAGGCGAUUGUUGGGUCACCGGGUGGGGAUAUACAAAUGAUGAAUCCAGAGACAUGGUGAUGAGACAGGUCCAUGCAGAUCUCGUUGGACAUCGAGAUUGUGGCGAGAUGUGGCACACACAGCUGGAUGAUGAUAUGAUCUGCUUUGGAGACGGUGUGCACGGUCCAUGUCAGGGUGAUUCUGGCGGUCCUCUGUCCUGUCGGUACCAUGGCAAGUUCUACCUGACCGGGGUCGUCUCCUGGGGGACGCAGAACUGUGACGUCAGCGGUUACCCCAGCGUCUUCACGCGUAUCAACGCCUACCACGACUGGAUCCAGAAUGUCAUGGAAGAAAACAGUGGGUGAAAGACACCAAUGCCAUGGGUGUCAGCGUUCAUGGAGACCACACCAUAGAUACUGAAGAAAGUCUCCGUGAAGAAUUCAGAACGGCUUGAGUUUGGGAUAUUCUACAAAUGAUUCGUUGGCAUCUAUGGGACACAAAGUCACAUUACAGCAAAAUAACAUCACAGAGUUAAAAUAUUUUUACAAACGAAAUAUAUAUAAAUUAUAUAAACGUAGGACUGUCGUGGAAAUCACUUGACAGAAUACUUGAGUUCAGUGCCAGAUGGGAGAGUUUAAUUUGGCAAUGCCGUUAUAUUUUUCAAUUUUUAAUUAUUUUUAAGUGACAUGAGCAUAAUACAUGUUUGCUAAAGUUCAACACGUCUAUAAGUAUAAAACUAUACUUUGUGUUAACUGGUUUUGUUAUCGUAUGAUAUUAAAAAACAUAGAAAUGCAUACCCAUGUACGAUGAUCGGAUAUGACUGAGUUGGAACUGUACCUGACAAUGCUUCAAAGCUGAUAAUGCAUGGGCGAUAUAUUCAUGUAAUAUGUUCGUUAUCUUUGUGAUAUAUACAGAACAAAAACUGUUAGGGAUCAUGAAUUAUUUUGGGGGAUUUCAGUAGUGAAGACUGAUCAUACAAUUUCAUGAACAUAUCCUCAAAAAGAUUUAGGAUCCCUAACGUUUUGUUCAGUAUAUAUGCGAAGGAUACAACUGUUUCUACGACAAUUUUAAAGACGUUAAAAUCUUUGAAAUGAUUUGUAUAAGAUCUCAUAGAUAGCUUUAUUUGGUUUUCUUUAUGCUACGAUAUCUAAGGUAUGAGGUAUAUGCCUUUUGCCAGCUCACCAUGUAUUCCUCACAAUAACCGAUGAUUCGCUUUCAAAUAAACAUUAUUCACGAAA